AUGUCGACCAUGGAAUGCUUAAAGAACAACUUCGUCAAGGGCCAGCUGUUGGAUGGCCGAUUCCGAACUCUGGCCCCUCUCAACCACGGGUCCUUCGGAAUGGUUUUCCUUGCAAUGGACAACACUACUGGUCAAGAGGUGGCUAUCAAGUGUCUUCUCAAGGGCUCCUUAACUUCCCAAGAUCGUUUCGAAGAACUUGAGUGCCACCGACGGUUUGGCUUCCACCCGAACUUGGUCAAUCUCAUUCACACUUUUGACACCGAGAACCAUACCUAUCUCGUUCUGGAGUACUGUGCCAAUGGUGACCUCUAUGAAGCUAUUCGUCAUAACCGUGGUCCUCUGGAGACAGAACACGUUCGCGAAUCCAUGCUACAGCUGAUAAGCGCUGUUGACUUCAUGCAUGCCAACGGCUUGUAUCACCGUGACAUCAAGCCGGAGAAUAUUUUCCUCACACAGGAUGGUUCCAUGAAGCUUGGCGACUUUGGCCUCGCUACCCAGGACUCCUGGUGCCACGAGGCUUGUGUUGGCAGUGAUCGCUACAUGGCUCCCGAGCAGUACGAUCCCUCUACGAUUGGAUACUCUCCUGCCAAAGCUGAUAUCUGGUCCGUGGGUAUCUGCUUGUUGAACAUUCUAUUUGCUCGUAACCCAUUCACCACCCCAACCGAGUCCGAUAAGAUUUUUGCGGACUAUGUGCGUGAUCGCCAAUCGCUUUUCGAUAUCUUCCCCAACAUGUCUCAGGACACUUACGAGAUCCUGACACAUGCUUUGGCCAUUGAUCCCUCCAAGCGCUCUUUGUUGAACGUCCGCGAUGCUAUCCUUCGUACCAUUUCCUUCACCACCGAUGACGAGUCCCUUGACGAGUUCUGCACUGAAGAUCGGGAAGUGAUCGCCGCUAGCGCCAAUCGCGAGCCUCUCCGCACCCCGUCGCUGCAGAGCCCCCACGUAAACCAGGGAGAUUCCUUCCCCUGGGCCAAGGCUCUUCAGUCAAGCCCCCCUCAGGCCAUUCGCCAGCUAUCUGUCAUUCCGGAUAACGAGAGCUACACCGAGGAUCUCUUCCCGGCUUCCGAAGCUGCAGGAUCCUCUUGGUACUCUACCCACAUGGAUACCCCGUCGAUGGCUUCUGUUAUGGACUCACAUCUCAGCGCAUCAUUGCUGACGCUCAACCUGCGUAAGCGCCAUGUGCCAACUCUUCCUCGCUCAGACCCAGUGGCCAUUACUGGAUCUCUUCCCUCACAUGCUACAAAGCCCCUGCCCUCGCUCUCGUCAGUCUUUGGCAACAACCAAGGUGCGGAUAAGAUUUCCAAGAGCUGGUGCGAUAUGUGGGACGAAGAGGAGUCCGAGAACGAGGAUCUUGCGAUGGCCCAACGUCGGGAGCAGAACUCUCGCAGCUGGAGCCACGAGAGCCAGGGAGCCGCACUCCCAGGAUUGCGCGAGCCGGACUCCGCUUCCCUCAAGCAGCGCUCUCAGGCACCAGAUAAGGGCCUGAAGAUGGAUCACUUUGAAAUCCACCACAUGUCCAUGGAUGAAGACAGUGACUCGAGUGCUUCCAGCACUCCGCGUCCACCGUGCAACUCCUCACCCGAGCCAUCUAGCGCCGAUAAAUGGUCUAUGCUUGGUGAUGUCCGCCGCAACUACAAGCCCGAGGAUGAGACUCGCAAGUACAAGUCUCGCAAAUCUCGCGAAGUUUUCAGCCCCAAGACCGUCGCUGCCAACACUCGACGCCACGAUUGGGGACGAGGUACUUCCGGAUAUCACCAGAACAAAUCUAAGCCUGCAUCGCCCCCAGACGCUCGUCGACGCCACGUACUAGAACAGCAAGACUGGCGCAGCCAUGUUCCUAAGCGCUUCACUCCUACUUACGAUGGAAGCGUAGACGAUGAUCUUGAUCUCGUCGGCGGAUGGCAUGAGACUCACUUCUAG